AUGGAAACCCUAAUAAAAACACCCAAAAACCGAUACUUACAGCCCACCUUGCUGGCCAUGCCCACGAUGAAGAUUCCCAGGCCAAAGUUUGUGCCCCUGGCCAGCGAACGCCUUCCGAACGACUUGGAGGACGAACAGGAUGAGUACACGGACGACGAUGGCUACGAUGGGGAGCGAAACAUGAGAGCUCCCAAGCCCGCGAUCUAUGGCCUGCGUUUUUAUAAUAACAAUUAUGAGACCGAGGAAGUGAGCGAAAAUCACUUGGAGACGGAAAGAAAGAGGAAGUUUGGCUACAGGGCACCCAAGUUUCGACCGAACCAACCAGCUGGGCGUCCACCAAGGUCGGAAACGGGUUCCAAUUCCACUGCGAGGACGCCCAUGGACUUGGCCAGGGGACAGCCGCACUUCAAGGGACCCUACAUGCCGCUCCUGCAGCACAGGAUUGCCAAUGCGGAGGCCUACGGCCUCAUCCGGGGUCCCAAUGAGAAGAGCAGCCUGCUCCUGGACGACAUACUCAAGCAGUUGUCGCGCCUGGACCACUGUCCCAUCAAUCUCAACUCGAUUUUCCGCGGCACGGGUCCCCAGAACGCCCCAUCGUAGAUACCAUUGAAUUAUCUAUCAAAUUGUACAAGUAACUUUACUAAAGAAGGCGCUGACUUGGCAGUCGAUUCAGACUACUCAA